CGGCAGAACAAUAUUGCAACUUCUAGCAAUUGGAUUUAUCGAAUAUUUAGGAUACCAAGCUUUCCAUUCGGAUCCCUGCUAGAGAAGGUAUAAGAAACCCCGGAACAUAAGAAAAGAGAGUUGCCGGGAAAUUGACCUCCCCACUUCUAAAGAAGCAGAAAUUCUGUCUCUCUUUUCUCAAACCCAAGAUGAAGUGGCAAAGAUUCUUAUCGAUCCCUAUCUUUGCUGUUCUUCUGUUGACGGGUUUUGUCUGUUACAUCACGGUCUUCAUUUUCAUCGAAGAUUGGGUUGGGUUGCAGAGCUCUGCUGGUUCUUUGAACGCUCUGAUCUUCACUGUCCUGGCUUCUCUGUGUCUCUUCUCUUUCUCUUCGUGUGUUCUGAUCGACCCAGGUUACGCCACAGCUUCAUAUGUCCCUGAUGUUGAAGACAGUGGAGUGUCUGAUCAGGAGGCCAAGACAAAUGUUAUACAAUCAAGGCGUUGUGACAAGUGUUCAACAUACAAGCCUCCUAGGGCUCAUCAUUGCCGGGUCUGCAGAAGGUGUGUUUUAAGAAUGGAUCAUCACUGUCUGUGGGUCAAUAACUGUGUUGGUUAUUGGAACUACAAGGCCUUCUUUACACUAGUCUUCUAUACAACAAUGGGAAGCUUGUAUUCUACAACCAUCGUUAUAACUUGUGCUUUCCAAAAGGACUGGGAUUUCGGUGGAAGUGGGAGCCUCAAAGUCUUUUAUGUUACGUGUGCAGUAACGAUGGCUGCCUUGACCUUAACGCUUGGAACUCUUCUAGGAUGGCAUGUGUACCUCAUCAUCCGUAAUAUGACAACUAUAGAGUAUUACGAAGCAAUUCGAACUGAAUGGCUGGCUAGGAAAUCUGGGCAGAGCUACAAACAUCCAUACAACCUAAGUGUCUACAAAAACAUUACUUCGGUCUUGGGUCCGAAUAUGAUGAAAUGGUUAUGGCCUGUAGCAGUAAGCCAUCUAAAAGAUGGACUUGUGUUCCCUACUCCGCGUGAUAAUUCAUAAGUUCUCUUCUGCCUAUGCUGAAAAUCGGUUUUGGUGGCACCACUGCUGCUCGAGUGGACAAAGAAUGUGAAGCAUGUUGAUCCUAUUCGCCUCUUAAGUCUUGGUAUUAGAAGAUUCUAGGACAAGAGCAACCGAGUGGAAGAUGCUGGAUAUAAUCACAGUUGCUACCUGUUGAAAUCAGGUACAACAGAGUCAACUAACAAUUGAUCAACAAAAGCCCCUCACUGUUUUUUUGUUUGUUUUUGGUUUCUUUUGCCCCUUGGCAAUUGAAACAGUAGGAGUGGAAAUACAAAUUGUAACUCAGAUAUUUUGCAUCUGAGGGAAACUUCAAACCACAUAAUUAAACCCAGGACGAACUAGGCCAUUUCAUCAGAAGAAGAUUCUAGCAGUCUUGUUUAUAUUGAUGAUAAAGAGCUUACAGUUUGUCAUAUUGAUGCAAAUGGCCAAGAAGGCAUCAUUCUUACUAUUCUGGUGGCCAAGAAUGCAUUACUCUUACUAUUCUGG